CGGUUAAAUAACCGAAAAGAUCCUAUUUCGGUAUAUUUUCUAUUCAUAUUUUACAACCGAUUUUUCCGUAACCGGUAUAAUUAUUUUUUAUUCUUCCCUCCUUCACCAAGGUCGCAGAGCUUUUGCUGUCCCGCCGACAAAGUAAUCCAUCCGAAGAGGGAUCGGAGAACGAUUGUCGAUGACGAAGAAUCAGAGUUGGACAAAGUCCUGGACCGAGCGGCACCGGAACCCAUCAAACCGUUGCCAGAAGAACCGGAAUGUGGCAUCAACACCAAAUCCAUAUCAAAAAUAUUGGCCGUGCAAAACGCGACGGCCAGCGAUUGGCCGUGGAUGGCCGUAUUCCUUGAGACGACCAACUAUAUGAAUUUCUGCGACGGUGUGUUACUUAAUCGUCGGUUUGUACUGACAGCGGCUCAUUGUUUUAAAAGCUACACCAAACAAAAGUUUGUGGUCAGGCUCGGCGAAUACGAUUUCACUACCACCAAUGAUACGCAGUUCAUCGAUUACAAAGCGUCGGACAUCAGACCGCAUCCGGACUAUGAUCCUGCCACGCACGCCAACGACAUAGCCAUCGUGAGGCUGAACAGGCCUACAGUGUACAACUCUUUCAUUCGGCCCAUCUGCUUGCCCAAAACCAACAUGGACGUGUACAAGAAAUCCGCUGUCGUCACCGGUAAGACAAAAGUAUACUGUAAUAGUAGCAGUUGAUAGAAAGUUGUAAUA